GACAGUGGGAGGGGGGACUCCGAAACGACUGUAUACUUAAGGUAUACCUCAACAAGUUUCCUCGUUAUACCGUGUGACUGUGAGAGACUUUCUGCGUCUUAACUUUAUGGGUGUUAUAAUAAGUAGAGAGAAAGAGGAAGAAAAAGGAGAGGACUAUCCGGCGACUGAGAGUCCGCAGGCUGUCAUCCACGUCCUCAGCGGAGAUCCAGUCUUACAGGGGCGCAGGUUGAAACACUUGAUGAAGACAUUUGCUGCAAGGUAGACUUGUCCUCUACUCUGCUGCUCAGGUUAGUGGAGUAGGUUUGUGCAUUUCCAUCUGGGCCUCAGAGAGCUGAUUUGCUGAGAACCACAUGAGAGUGUCUCCGCUCUCUGUCUGACUGACUGAGGGAGGAGGAGCGUCCUUUACACUAACUCAGGAACAAGUGACACAGGACACCGAGUCCUCCACAAUGGUCUUGUCCGUGUCAUACUCCUCGAGGCUGAAGUAUAUGUCUCUGGGGGUGCUGGUGUUGCAGACCACCUCGCUGGUGCUCACCAUGCGCUACUCCCGCACCCUGAAGGAGGACGGCCCCCGCUACCUGGCCUCCUCCGCUGUGGUGUCGGCUGAGAUGCUCAAGAUCUUCGCCUGCACCCUCCUGGUCUUCAUGGAGAACAAUUUAAAUGUGCGGGCAGUGAACCAGCUGCUGAGGGAGGAGAUUGUGAACAAGCCCGUGGAGACCAUGAAGUUGGCCAUUCCUGCAGGGAUCUACACGCUGCAGAACAAUCUGCUCUAUGUUGCCUUAUCCAACCUGGAUGCAGCCACCUAUCAGGUCACGUACCAGUUGAAGAUCCUCACCACAGCUCUGUUCUCUGUCUCCAUGCUGGGGCGGAGGUUGGGCUUCUACCAGUGGCUCUCGCUGCUCCUCCUCAUGGCUGGAGUCACUCUAGUGCAGUGGCCCACAGAGUCUGAAGGUGACUCUGAACAGAAGAUCCUGUCUGCAGGCUCACAGUUUGUGGGACUGAUGGCCGUGCUGAUGGCCUGUGUAUCCAGCGGCUUUGCUGGAGUUUACUUUGAAAAAAUCCUCAAGGAGACUAAACAGAGUGUGUGGGUCCGUAACAUACAGCUAGGUUUGUUCGGCUUUAUGUUUGGCUUUGUAGGAAUGAUAAUGUUUGACGGCCAGAGCGUGAGACAGUCAGGAAUGUUUCAGGGCUACAACAUAAUUGCCUGCACAGUUGUUGUCUUACAGGCUCUGGGCGGGCUGGUCAUAGCAGUGGUCAUUAAAUAUGCAGACAACAUCCUCAAAGGAUUUGCCACUUCUCUGUCCAUCAUUGUUUCCACUCUCAUUUCAUAUUUCCUGCUGGAGGACUUUAACCCCACUGGUGUGUUCUUCAUAGGCACAGUGCUGGUUAUUGCUGCUACAUUUCUUUACAGCUACGAGCGCAAACCUGCCAUUGGCAGCACCAUUAAAGUAUAGACAGAGACCUCUGUAAACUGUGCAGCCUGACAGAAGAGACCACCGCACACACAGAGCAGGACUCUUUGAACUGUGACAGCAAGUUUGGCAUAAGGAAGUUAAGAAUGCGGGAAAUGUGGAGGUGAUCAAACCUGUUACUGCCAUUCAACUACAACUGGAGACUGUUGGGAGUGAAUCUUAUCACUUCUGCAGAAAAAUACUGCUUUGCACAAAUGACUGGGGUCAAGAAUGUGAAAUACAUUUGCUUUGUAAGUGUAUUUUUGGUCUGGUCUGGUCAUAUCAACACAUUGUUGUGGUAAAGAAAACAUAUUUUGUGACUGAAUUCUCUAAUGAAAAUGUACUGUAUGUGCAAUUUAAAGGGACCAGGAGUUGAUUCUGAUGAAACCAUAGUUGCAUGAUUCUUUGGAAAUGUGUAUUUUAUAGUUCAAUAUUUCAGUCGUGUAUGUUGUACGUGUCAUACAAUAUGGGGAAAGGGAUGUACCGUAUUCACAAAACAAAAAGGGUUUUAAUGGUGUUCAUAGCGCCUGCCUCAAAGAGAGGAGACAGGCUUGACAGAGCUUCCAUCUAGUGGUGGAAUCAAGAGCAAACUUGCUGCAAAGAGGAGGGGUUACCUCUCUUCAAAGAUGCUGAAUGUCCUUUUUUGUAAGAGAUGAGAUAAGAUGGGAUAUGACUGCUUUGACCUUGCUGCUCACAGUCUGAGUAUUUAUAUCAAAAGCACUCAUUCUACUGUUGUUAAAUGCAAAAUAAAGGUCUUUAUAUAAGAACAAAUGAAUAAAUUAAGGCAUCUUUUAUGCUGAAACAA